AUGAAGAAAGUCUUCGGUCAAACUGUCCGAGAUCUCAAGAGAGAGGUUAACAAGAAAGUGCUUAAAGUGCCUGGAAUUGAACAGAAGGUUCUAGAUGCUACUAGCAAUGAGCCAUGGGGUCCUCAUGGAUCACUUCUUGCUGAUCUUGCGCAAGCUUCAAGAAACUACCAUGAAUACCAGCUGAUCAUGGGGGUCUUAUGGAAACGACUUAGCGACACUGGAAAGAACUGGAGGCACGUCUAUAAGGCCUUGACAGUUUUGGAGUACAUGGUAGGCCAUGGUUCUGAACGUGUUAUAGACGAGAUUAGAGAGCGUGCAUAUCAAAUCUCGACAUUGUCUAGUUUUCAGUAUAUUGAUUCCGGUGGUAGAGACCAAGGAAGCAAUGUUAGGAAGAAAUCACAGAGCCUAGUGGCGUUGGUUAAUGACAAAGAAAGAAUCGCUGAGGUCAGAGAGAAGGCUGCUACGAACAGAGAUAAGUAUCGCAGCUCAGCACCAGGUGGGAUGUAUAAGCCGUCAGGAGGAUAUGGGGACAGAUAUGAUUACGGAUCCCGGGAUGAAGAACGAAGUUAUGGGAGAGACAGAGAAUAUGGUUACAGGGAUGAUGAUAGAAAUAGUCGUGAUGGAGAUCGUCAUUCCAGAGACUCUGAAGACCGGUAUGGAAGAGAUGGUAAUAGGGAAGAUGAUUACAGAGGAAGGAGCAGAAGUGUUGAUAACUUCCCACAAGGAUCACGGGGUAGGAGUUCAGAUAGGGAAAGGACGUUUGAGGAUGAUGGCCAUUCUUCAUCACGGGGUAGUAAUGCUCGAGCCGAUGACAAUUCUCAGGACGGGAGAGGGUCGCUCCAGAGGAAGUUUUCUGAGCAAAAUAUUGGUGCUCCACCUAGUUAUGAAGAAGCUGUCAGUGAAUCACGGAGCCCUGUAUAUAGUGAAAGGGAUGGUGGGGAGACCCCACAAGCUGCUGCUCCAGGAGCUGCUUCUCCUCCUCCCCCACAAGCUGUUGCUCCAGGAGCUGCUUCUCCUCCUUCUACACAAGUUACUGCCCCAAGCGCUGCUUCUCCUCCUGCUGGAAGCAACACAGACAAUAACUCUGCUGGCUUUGUUACUGAAUCUUCUCCGCAGAAAUUUGAGACUUUUGAUGAAUUUGAUCCACGCGGUGCGUUUACAGGUACAGAUGUGAACGUUGUGCUUCUUUCUUUUCCAGCUGCCCCUCCAGCUCCUCCGACAGUGGCUUCUACAACUGCUCCGCCCACCUCAAACAAUGUCCAGAUGGACUUACUUGAUUCCCUUGCAGAUGUAUUUUCAUCAAAUGCAUUGGCCAUUGUACCUGCUGAUUCUGCAUCUGUAGAAACCAACGGACAAGCAAAUGCUCCAUCGUUUUCUACAUCCCAGCCAUCAACUCAGUCGUUCGAUGACCCAUUUGGUGAGUCUCCUUUUAGAGCCUUCACUUCUACGGACGCCGACUCAAACCCACAGCAAAGCUUUGGCGCUCCUUUCCAGCCAACACCUCCAGCCUUCACCUCGGAGGCCUCACAUACUGAUACUACUGCUCAUAACUUUGGCUUUGAGGACUCAUUUUCUGCGGUUGCCAAUCCUGAACCUGCUCAAAAUGUGCAACCUCCAUCAAACUCACCUCCUCAAGACCAGUUCACCACAUCUCACAGUGAUAUUGAUAUUCUUGCUGGCAUUCUUCCACCAUCCGGUCCUCCAGCUUCACUCCCACAGCAUUCUGGUGCCUCAGUACCAACAUCUCAGUUUCCUCCCAGUGGAAACAACAUGUACGAGGGAUUUCAUCCUCAGCCUGUAGCUGCAGCUCCUAACAUGCCCGGACAAACUCCAUUUGGACAAGCUGUACAACCAUAUAACAUGGUUCCUCCUCAUUCACAAAAUAUGACUGGAGCCACGCCGUAUCACAAUGGAGGCUUCAUGCACCAGCCUGGCUCAGCCAAUUACAAUCCUGGAGCAGUAACUGCACACCCUACAAGCGAAAGUUUCCUUCCACGACCAGUUUCUGCCACUUCAUCGAGCUCACAGACUCCUUACUCUAACCCUAGUGGACCAGCUGGUCAGUUCGUGGCACAUCAAGGUCAUGGAAUGCCGCCUUCCCAAGUUCCACAAAGAACUCAAUCCGGACCUAUUACUAUGCAAGGAAACAACAAUUUCAUGGGAGACAUGUUUUCACAACCUGGGAGGACAAACUCCUUGUCGUCAUCUUCAUCUCAACCAGAUCUCACGCCUUUUACAGGAGCGAUUGAGGUUGUUCCUCAGCCCCAGAAAAAGUUUGAACCAAAGUCAUCAAUUUGGGCAGACACGUUGAGCAAGGGGCUUGUUAACUUCAACAUAUCUGGACCUAAAACAAAUCCAUUAGCAGACAUAGGAGUCGACUUUGAGGCCAUCAACAGGAGGGAGAAACGGCUAGAGAAACCGACAAAUGCACCACCACCAGCAUCGACUAUAAACAUGGGUAAAGCAAUGGGAUCAGGCACUGGCUUAGGGCGUGCUGGUGCAACUGCUAUGAGACCUCCACCAAAUCCAAUGGUAGGCUCUGGCAUGCCAAUGGGAGGCGGAGGAAUGGGUGCUGGUGGAUACGGGGGUAUGAACCAAAACCAACAACACAUGGGUAUGGGAAUGAGACCAGGCAUGAACAUGAACAUGGGAGGAGGAUAUGGCCAAGGCUAUCCGAUGCAACCACAAAACCCUAGUAUGGUCCCUGGUCAGAACAUGCCAGGCAACAACAACUACAAUCCAAUGAUGGGUCAAGGCGGUUACAAUCCUCAACAACAACAAUAUGGUGGUGGAUACCGGUAA